GGUGCUCGACCCGGACGCAGUACGGAGGAACUCAGCGAUCACGUAGUUUGUGUUCUCCUUGGCACGAAACAUUUUCAGAGAUUUCUCGCGCCGUUCUUCCGCAAAACGACAGGUUCGAUCUUUCGAUCGUGACUUAUAGAUCCUUUUCACAAAUUUUCUUUUUGAUGAUUGGAAGUAGCUGCUUCAAGUAUCCAGGAUCGAACUCGACCUAGCGAACUUAACGUUACGCAUGAUCGAUGCACCGUCGAAAGACUUCCUAAGAGAGAGAGAGAGAAAGAGAGAGAAAGAGAGAGAGAGGCAGAGAGGGAGAGAAAGAGAGAGAAAGAGAGAGAGAUCGGUCGAACCUUCGAAAGUGGCUCGAGCGGACGCAUUGCAGCUCAUCAACUAAUCUUCUAUGUUUGUUGGAAUACAUUGUCAUCUUCAUCGAUGAAUGGAACGCUAGAGUGACCCAAGAAAGUCUAACCGGUGUGCUGUGUUGAUUUUUUACGGACUCUUUAGACAUUUGUUUACAUCUUGCGAAAUAAUAAUAUUUGAGCUUUGAAGAGAAACAUAGCUCGUUUUGUUUUUAUUUUUAUGUCAGAACGAUUUCUUUUAUUCUUUUUUUCUCUGUUCGUGUCGAUGUGGAACUCUAAAAGAGAACUUUACUUUCUGGAAAAUUUAGAAAAAUUCUGAUGGCUCUGAUGGAUCAAUUGCGAUGAUACAUGUAGAUUGUCGUUGAUGUUUUUGAAGUCCCUGAGACACAGUUAGUCGUGUCUUAUUUUCGGCAUCGUUGCUUGCAUGUGGGUCACAAGUUGCACAAGACAAAGCUAACGGGAUAGAGGGUUCACCGAGCUGAGGAAAAAAUGUGGAGCUCGGUCACAGCAGCUGGUACGGAAAAUGGACCUGCACCACCUUCGAGAAGUAAACACAGUGCGGCAUUGCUCGCAGGACACGUAUAUCUCCUUGGAGGUCGAAAUGGAAAUUUACCACUCAAAGAUCUUUGGCGAUAUAGUCUUGCUGAGAGCAAGUGGGAAGAAUUACAUCCUGGGGGAGAAAGGCCGCCGGCUCUUCAGGAACACAGUGCGGUAGCAUACAAGGACUGCCUUUACGUAUUCGGUGGAGAACUAGGCUUUUCCGCAGGCACGGAAACACCACUUUGGGUUUACAAUGUCAAGACGAAUACGUGGAGAAAGGUCAGAGCUCAACGAGGUUGCGCGGUUCCUAGAGGUCGAAGAGGUCAUACGGCCUUGGUCCAUCGAGGUCAAAUGCUCAUAUAUGGAGGUUAUCAAGAUUUACGUGGUAGUUCUCCUGAAUUGUGGGCUUUCCACUUCGAAACAGAAUCGUGGCAUCUAUUAUCAUCCAGCGAAAGUGGCCCAGCUGCGAGACACAAACACUCAGCCGUUUUACAUGGAGAUGCUAUGUAUAUUUAUGGUGGUAUGACGGAUUUACAAGAGAGAAGCGAUUGCUGGCGGUGGGACGUUAAUACCGCUUCUUGGUUUAUGCUGAAGAACAAACCUGGACCGGGUCCACUUCAUGGUCAUGCUGCUUGCAGACUUCCAAGUUGUAUGUUGAUCUUUGGUGGAGAGAGCGGUGGUCUCGCUACCAAUGAACUAUGGAGGUUUCAUUUCGGUACAGAAACUUGGGAGAAACUAUCUGUACCAGGACCCAAACCCCAACCCAGAGCAGAAAGUGUUGCCUUGGCAGUAUCCGAGUUGUUGAUUCGUGGUACCAGUAGCGAUAAUCCUAAACCAAGGUUAAAAAAUCAAAGAGCGAGAUUGUGUAAUAAUAGAAUAUCACCGAACGAAGCACCUACGAGGCCUAGUUUUCUUAAAGAAAUCUCAAAAUUAUCGCAGAUCAAUCUGUCAAGAUUGAGCCAUCCAACCAAGUGUAGUUAUUCCGUACUCAGUGGACAAGACGAUAAUGAGGAAAGUCCUCAAGAGGCGAACACGUAUUAUCCGUUUCAGCAAGUGGACGUAGAAGCCGUAGAACCUUCGAUGGGGAUGGUAAAGUCUCGAAGUGCCAAUACCUUAGCUCGUAGAAGACAGAAGCCGCCGGAAACGACGACAAAAACAACCGAAGCUAGCAAUAGUAACAAUAAUACUGGCAGUGGCAUGACCAGAGAUCCUAUUUCGGUGCCAAAUUUUCGAGCUUUAACGUUACCAACACCAGUACUAACACCCGUGGAGGCAGCUAGAUUAGUUUUCGUUGAUCCAGACGAGUUGAGCGAUAGCGAGGAGAAAAAGGAACCACCUACCUCGAGACUGAUCGAAGUUCAGGAAGAAAGGAGAGAUUUUUCUUCCAUACAUCACGCUUGUCAACCAACGAGAGGCGAAAGCUACAGUUCUCAUCUUUACGAAGCAGCCCUUCAAACUCCAAAGACACCAACUACGGCUAAAAUACCAACUUCAGCAUCGGUCAGAUUUGCUGACCUAGAAGAAGGUGAGGAAUCAACGUCGGAUUACGCGAGUAUUGAAGCAAGAAGUCCGGGUGAUCCCUUGGCUGAAGACGAUUGGCCUUCAAAUAGAAAAUCCAAACAGUUACGUGCUAUCGUUAGUUCGACGACGAUACGUGAAGGCCAAUUUGGCUUUUGCAAUCCAAAUUAUUUAGGUUUGGACGAGAGCAGAAGUCAUCAUCAUCAACAUCAUCAUCAUCAUCAUCAUCAUCACCAUCAUCAUCAACAACAACAACAGCAGCAGCAGCAGCAGCAACAACAACAACAGCAACAACAACAAGACGGGAAAUACGCUAAGAUAUUGAACAGUCCACCUGAUAGCGUGUUGGAGGAUGAACCUGGCAGGUCAGCCUCGCAAACAUUCGCUGAACUUCUUGAACUUCAAGAGAUCAGAAGGAUUCCUAGAGCACCACCUAAGAGUUUACCUUUGGGCUCACCCUCCAGACGAGCCGUUAGUGCCUCUAGGGCCGAAAGGCAAAGGGCUAAGGUCGCAGCUAAUGAUGGAAAUGACUCGGGAACACCUUCUUACGGACCUGCGCCUUUAUAUGUCUUCUUAGUUGGUGGUAAAGAAAAGGGUCAGGUCACCGUCUUUGCUAGACCUGUUUCCCUCUGGAAAUUGCAGCUAGCACCGCACAUUUUUUAGAAAUACCUCGGGGAUCCGAUGAUCAAUUCGAUUAUCGAUCCGACGACAGCUCCGCAUUUUCAACUCAUUUUUGCAAUAAUUGUUUCUCUUAUUUUAACUUGCUUUUGUCCAUCGACAUUUUCUUCGGAAUUAUUUUUAUCGCAUCCCCCUCCCCUCUCCAUGACAAAUCUUGCUCCUCUUAUUUCUUUCAUCAUUUGUACAUCUUUGAAGUGUAUAUAAUGUUUUCGAACGCUCGUCGAUUGAUUCUCUUCAACGUACUAACUUAUUAACUUAUUUAUUAUUGUUAAUAAUAUAAUUAUAUAAUAAUUUAUUAAUAUAAUUCUAUGGAUAUAUUACAUGUGAAACAUUUUGCAUUAUCCUUGAAAUUUACGCAUUUCUCAAACAUUUUUCUAGUUAGCAGGAAAAAAUAUCGAAUUCAAAGACUUCUACAAUCAAACAUAAUGUAGUAUUUAUUUAAAAAAAUUACUCACGUUACGCCUGUAGUCUUUUAUAACGCGCUAUUAUAUCGAUAUUGAAAAGAACAAAAUAUUCGAGCUUAUCGAUGUCGAAUUUUUUUAGAUCUUUUUCUUCGAUAUCGUUUUGAUAGUAUUCGAGGCGAUUUUCCUUAGCGAAGAAACGUAAACUUUGUAGAAUUAUUUUUGAACGUACGUUUAACGGAUAUAAUAACUUGAUUCAAAACGUACGAUCUAAAAGCGUGAUUGGAGCGUUUAAAAAAAAAAAAAACGCGAUGAUCGAUAUCGAUCAUUAACGAUCUAUCGCUAUUUUUAAUGAUAGUAUUUUUGUGUCAUUUUCAAAGUCGUCCAAAAGAAAUCCAUUGACACAAAUUUAAAACGUCUGUUUUCUAAUGGUCGUUGUUCUUUCGUGAUACGAAUUCUAGAUACAAGAAAAAUGAAAGAAAAAGAUGCAUAGCAUAACGACGACUAAGUUGACUUUUGUAUUUGUCUUACCGAUAGAUAGAUAAAGAAACCAUAUGUACCAUGUAUGCAUUUAACGUUAGUGUAGAUAAUUGAAAUUACUUUAAGUUUCUUUUCAUUUUUCGAUUAUUAUCCGCGCUGAAAUUUUCUCGUUUGAAAUUAACUCAUCGAUUUCUAUAAUGCUCAGUAACAUAUCCAUAGUGUAUUGAUUUGCUUGACGAAAUAAAAGUGCAGUAUUCAUAGAGACAAUUUUUAAAAGAUAUUCCUGUAACGAAGUAUUCUUUCCUAUUUUCGAAUCGUCAAGUAUUUUAAUUUUUAUGUUAAAACUAUACGUAAUAAGAUUAAUACUCGCGAAUAUUAUACUUAUUGACUCAGAGUUCAUAUUGAACCGUUCGAUAAAGCGAGAGAAUGUUUUCAACGUAAAUUUGUAUUAAACGAUCACGAUCGAUGUCGAAAAUUGAAACGCAGGUCAAGCCAGCGCAAUGUGAACAUAUUGAACGCAUAUAUUCGCGUGAAUUUCAACUUUGUAAAGAAACAUACGGGUACCUAUAUCCUAUCAAAAUUUUCCUAACGAUUCGCAUUAGAUUUCUUAUAAUAAUUACACGAUGUAGUCUUAUAUCUAUAAUUAUAUUAAAUAUCGAUCACGUAAUUACAAUACGUAUGUUUAUUUCAACAUCGUUAAGAUAGAUCACACCGUGAAAGAAAAUGAUAUAUAAUAAAAAAUUAUUUCAAAUUGGCUCGCCUGAUCUGCGUUUAAUUAUUGUGGUAUGUGAACUCAAUGUGCGUAGACUAUAAUAUUAGCUUUAAUAUCAGAUUAUAAGCUUAAGAUAGGAUCGACGAUCUUGAGUAUUAAUUGCAAUCGAUUUUCGAUUGUUUUCACAGUGGAUAAUUAAUUGAAAAACGAUUUGUACAGUACUAUUUCUAAUCAUUUCCUUUUUAUCAUAUAAAUGCUAGAACGGUAAUAGCGCUUGAAAAAUAAUAUCGAUAUUUUUAUUUUAUAUUAAGAAAUAAAACUUCUGUCAAAACUUGAAAAUAUCCUGACGAUGAAACAACAGAAGUAUCCACUGUGGUUGUAUUUACAAUCGUAGAAAAUUAAUUCCAAUAAGCAUAACGUAAGUAGAAGCGGUGAGAUACGAUGGAAAAUUUCUUGCUCGUAUAGAAUUUUUAUGCCCAAGAAGGCCCAACACAUGUAAUCCAUCCAUAAGUAGCUGAAGGUCAACGUGACUCGUUAUAGGCUGGAUAUUGUUGAACUCUUUUAUACUGUUAAUCGUAGAGAGUCGUAUUAUUUAAUUUUUGUCCUCGUAUAUCCCGAUAAUAGUAUUUCCUUUUAGUAGGUAGGCAAAUAAUUUAUUUGUAUAAGUCUAGAGUAAGAAAAUCCUUAGAUUAGAAAUUGAUAAGAAUCUAUAGAUACCAGAAUUCGUGCAAUAUUACAUUCAUAAAUUAUUCAAUUUUAAAUAAUUGUACAUCUAACUACCAGUGUUUUAUUAUAACGAUUGAAACGAUUGAUUGAUUCGCUUUCCCAAUUAGAUAAAAAGAUUAUUAUUAGAGAGAAAGGUUCUCCAGUAUUCAGCCGCAGGCCACAAGACCCCCGAAAAUCAAUGUUUUCCAUUCGUAGAGCUAGUCAAUUUAAAGUCUCAGUGUACAAAACUAAAGAUAAAUGUUUCAUACUGCGCCCAUGGCCCUUUUCCUUCAAUUUUUCCCAAUUGUUGUGUGUAGUUAACGAUCCUUAUGACUGGAUUAACUUAUUAUUGCAUUGAAUAUGUACACAUUUGCUUUUAAAAAUAAUAAUAAUAAUUUACAUAUUUGAAAUAUUAUUGUGUAAGAAGGAUUAUCGAUAAUAUUACUGAAACUAGUUAAAGAAAUCACGUUUGAUGCUGGGACGCGUAAAUAUUUUUCAAAACGAGUAUAUAAAUCAUUCUUAAAUACAAAGUGUUAUUAACAGAAUUGUAAAAACAAGUAUCUUUUUCAAAAAUUAUGUUCAACAUAAUUAUACAUAUCGAGAGAAAAACAUUGAAACAGCCUCUAUAACGAAACUAAUGUUUAGAAUACGCACGAAUAUAUUGAAAUGUGUUCACUGCUGAAAAACACAUUUGUCAUGUUCAAAGAAUUUAUCGUGAAGUAAAUUUUCCAUGCGAAUCUGACUCUAAUUAAAAAAGUUUUUAGAAAAAAAUUCGAUUUUAAAAAAGUAACAUUUUCCAAAUUUCGCUUUCACAAUUUAAUUUAUAAUCUAAUUGAACAAUGUGAUAUGAUCUUCUAAAAGUUUUACUUGAUUCAUUAACUAGAUUCUUUUUUUUCGUAAUAUAAUGUGCAUUAAAAAAACGAAUAAUCCAGUAGUCAAUUAUUACCGUCAUCAAUAAUAGUUAUUUACAAAAUAUAUCUAUUUAUAUUUAUCAUGUAAACAAUAUUUAUAACAUAUGAAGUUGGUUCCCAAAACAGUGUAGCUGAUUUGAGUGCCUACAUAUAUACUUCGUGCAAAUAUAUGCAUUCGAUAUUUUUCUGGUUACAAAACAAAUUCCAAUGACAGUCUUGCCGCAUUGUCUUCUAACUUAUCACUCACAAAAAGUAAAAAAAGGAUAACAAAUAUCGAGUGGAAAAAUCUAUUUCAUUCUCACGAAAUUUCAUACCAUAAAAGACAAUAUUUUUCCAUUAAUAAAGUCAUAGUGACGACUUUAAUUACUUUUACAUUUAAUAUUGAAACAAUAUUUAUACGUAUAUGAUUUCGCAAGUAUCAAUUAAUGAUAUCCUCCAAUUAGUUGUCAUGCUACACUUUUUUGUCUCGUUUAUUAGAAUAAAAAUAAUUGUAUUUAUGUAAUGUACGAAAACAUAUUCGAAAUUGUAACAUUGUGUUCACUAGCCUUUCCAAUAUAAAGUCUGUGCAAGGAUAAAUGCGCAAAUUUGUCGAAGUACUUAAAUCCAGCAUUUAGCCUCUAAAGAAUAACCACUAAUGGUACGUUUCAUUUACUUACAUUGUAAUUAAUGUAAUGGUUAUUAAUAGUAUAUAAUAUUAUUACGAUUAGAAAUACAGUAUAUAUAUAAUUCUAUCAUA